UCACGCUCUCUCAAACUGACCGUCAACUCGAAUCCCCCUCCAAUGUGGAUAAGCUGUCAGGCCAGCGACCCGAAUAUGCGCGGUGUCGUAGGCUGGUGGACGAGUCCACCAUAGGGCGGUGCAGCUUCAAGUUCGUGGACGGGUUUCCCUGCAUCUACGUCAGGAACUGCACGUUCAUGGCGGUGCAUAUGCAUACCACCUGUGCCCAGCUUAUAAACUCCGAUUACCUCAGACUGGCAUGGGAUGACUCAAGAGCUCGCCCCGCACUCACCGCUGUCAAGACCAUGACUACAUAUACUCAAUGCGAAGGGAUGCAAUCCCGUUUACGUCCGCCCAUUGGAGUGACAGAACACAUCGUUGACUACGACUGGUACGAACCCCCGACGCUCUUGGCUUGUGCUCUCGUCUGCCGUGACUGGGCUCCCCGGAGUCGAUACCACCUGCAGCGGAAGAGGACUCUCACCAUCCGGAGCGCUGCAGAGCUCCAAUUAUACGGGCAUCUCCUGUCCUCGAAACACUCCAGACGUCUUUUCGCUGAAGUCGAGCUCCUGCGCGUCGUAGACGACCCGUCCAAGCCCUUCGUCCAUACGCUGCCGCUACAUCUCCCAGGCGAGCACCUCCCACAGCUGACGACGGUCCUCCUCGAAGGCGUCAACUGGACGACUGCCACUCCGCACUUCCUAUUCUUCGAGUGGCUAUCUCGCUUCACUUCCGUAUCGUCCCUCUGCAUCGAACGUUGUGUCCUCCGGCUGAUCGCACACACGCUUCGGAUCAUCAAGCACCUCCCAAAGCUGAGACAAACUGUUGGGAUGGACUAUUGCAGCUUCAUACCCGACGAAUGUGCCGUGGUCUUGAACAACGUCAUCGUCGGGGAGUCCACCCUUCACCUCCAGACUCAUCCCAAUGUGCUACACCAAAGCCUGGAGACAGUAUUAGAUUUCCACGGCGUACGGUGGAUCCCCCGCGCAAGGACAAUGUAUAUACCCUCUUCGGACCGGAACGAGGUUCCGGCAAGACACGUGGUCACCUACAAUGAUGCCUGUGGGCACAGUCGUCGAGAGACUCAUCAAGAGACACAGCGUUCGGUGUCCUUUGCGGAUAAACGUCCAUUGGUCGAGGAACCACGUUCCCUGCAGGAAGCAACAUCUGUAAUGUUUCCAUACCCCCACCCAUCGGACUGUGAACUUACUGGCCAGCACGUAUUCCAGAGUCCGGGAGCGGGGCGGGAGCAUACAGCCUGUAACGCUCUCAGAGCAAUGCACCGUACGCCAAAACCCGAGGCCAUGCUCACCGAUAAUGAAGGGGGAUCAGGCGCCCUAAGAACUGUGUACUGAGGUGAGCAUGAUGCGAUCAUGUGCAUGUACCAUCCCCCCCGGACGACGUUUUAUACCCAAAACUACACACGCCCGACAUUGAUAUCCUGCGCAAUAAUCACCCCGCCUGUACAAUCUGUGUGCCUAUUGUAGACGAUAUCGCCGAGCAUGUACUGUACUAGCAUUGCGCCUUUGCCUUCCAAAGCGCCAGAGUUGCGAUAAUCUUGUUACUACGUCCGUGAACUCUGCGGAGGCCAUAGUGUACCGGACAUAAGCCUCCAGUCCGACUGUCUGUAUCGUUUCUCACUGCAAUGGGC